AUGGGAGAGACAGCAGGAUCGGAUAAACAUGAGGACAAGAAAGAAAAGCAAGAGAAACAUGAGGAUAUAGACGUUGGACAAGAAAAGAAGGGAGAGGAGAAAACAAAGGACACAAAAAAGAAAGAUAAGGAUGGUAAAGGUAAGAAGGAGGAGAAAGAAGGUGGAAAGGAGAAGAAGAAAAAGAACCCUGAAGAUAAAAUGGACCCUGCAAAACUUAGGACAAAGCUUGAAAAGAUCGACUCCAAAAUGCAGGCACUUGUGGCAAAGAAAGAAGAAAUUUUGAAACAACUUCAAUUAGUUGAACAAGCGGCCCCAAAUGCAAGUGGAGGAGCCCCCCCUGUCAGCACCUCUUGA